AUUACAUUCACGACAGAGGGCAUUCACACGGUCUAAAUAUAGGCUAACUUCUGAAAUACUGACGGAUAUACGGUGAACGCAAGGGGAGAUCCAAAUGGAUUUCUUUUUAAUGCAAUUUUCCGCUUGGUAUGACAGAAUGGAAAUCUGAAGAACAGAAUCUCGAUGUAGGCCGACUGAUAUGACAAGCCCUUACUUCUGAUAACCUCGUUGGGUGGCGUUAACCGUCUGCUCAAGUUAUUAACAACCACCUUUCUAAGUAGCGCGGAAUUAUCCUUCUCCAGAAGAGCAGAGGUGAUCGCAGGGAGUCGGAAAAUAGUUAAUGCAAAACGCUGAAGCAGCGGAAAGAUGAGUUUCGUAUUACUUUCGAGUUUCUUGCUCAGUAUUCUAUGCGUGCCUGGAUCUCAGGCAGGCUGUGCGGAGGUAGACUCCAUGACUGAGGCAGUGGCGGGACAGAGCUUCCUGUUGGGCUGCAUAUCCUGUAAGAGGAGGGAAGAGGUCCCCGCAUCCACCAGCGUAGACUGGUACUUCAAACCCCUGGAAGGGGAGGACUUCUACCAGAUAUUCCGCUACGAGCACCCCGCCUCCACCGUGCUGCACGAGGACUUCGCGGGGCGCGUGGAGUGGCACGGCACGCUGGGCACCGCGGACGUGCAGAUCGGGGCCCUCUGGCUGCACAACGUCUCCUUCAACGACACGGGCACCUACCGGUGCACCUUCCACCGGGUCCUGGACCUGCCCGACAAGGACCGGCCCGAGGAGCUGGUCGUCAUCUCCAAGGAGGUGGAGCUCACCGUGCUGGGAGAGGCCAAUCGGGAGCUGACUGCAGUGAUCGCUGAGAUCAUGAUGUACGUGCUGAUCGUGGUGCUGCAGCUCUGGCUGAUCGGGGUGCUUAUCUACUGCUACAAGAAGAUCUGGGAAGACCGUGAGGCUUUCGAAGCCCGCCGCGCCCUGCGCCAUCCCAAGAUUCCAGAUUCCAAAGACAACUGUGACGGAGUUCAUUUGGAAUAAUGCACUUCUGGUAAACAAGGUGUAAAGGCAAGGGGCAAUACAUAGGAUGACCUGCUUUCAGUGUUUUAAUAUAAAAAAUGUCUGACAAAAUAUUAUCAAAAGAAAUGCAGUGAUUUUAAUGUCACAGGGCAAAAAGCACCACACCUAUCAUGCUAAAUUUGCAUGCAGACAUGAAUUGUGCUAAAGGUAUGCUCACUGAUGGUAAAUAUACUUGCUAACUUAAGUGCAAGCAAAAAUCAUAUACGACUGCUACAUGCUUCAAGAUUGACAGGCAGCACCAACUCGCCAAUCGGACUCACAAGAUGUAGCGUGUCACCGAGAGUCAGUCAGUCAUUUCUGUGGGUUUGCAUUUUCAAAAAAAAAAAAGUGUAAAUGGUGUAAGAUUAACAUGGGAGCUAGAUGGUUCUAAAACCCUCUUUCAGAAAACCUUUUAAAUGGACAGAAUCCACAGAGAACCUUUUCAAUGGAUUAAAUCCACAGAAAACCUUUUAAACGGACUGAAUCCACAGAGAACCUUUUAAAUGGACUGAAUCCACAGAAAACCUUUUAAGUGGACUGAAUCCACAGAAAAUCUUCUAAACGGACUGAAUCCACAGAGAACCACUGCCUGGGCCUGUACGAAGGGCAAAUAGAAAGUCUCUCCGCAUUGCUCGAUGAGGAUUUUUUCAAUUAAUUAAUGGCACUGUCGCUAAUUUCAGUUUCAAUUUAACUGACUGAUGGCUGCGAGUAAGAUGUGCGUUUCAGUGGCAUUGCAGUGGCCAGAUCUUAGUGACCGUGAGCUGCAACAGGAAAGAAUGCAGAGGUGUAGUCUCUCUGAAUUAUAUAUUCUUAGAAAGGGCAGAACUCCAGCAAACAGUAUUUCAGUAACGCAUGAGAAAAUUACAGCGUUGAAUGACAAGUUACUUUUCAGGCUUGAGAAUGCGAUGCUUUGACAAUGACAUUCAUUAUGUGCAGUGGAUUACAGUAUUAAGUCUGCUAGAUAAUAAUUGUGUGCUACUGUGAAUUAAUUAACGACCUGCCAUGACAGUUAAAAGAAAUAGCUCAAAAUGUAGCUGAUUAAUUGUGUGUCUACUCUUUCUUGGAUUGAGUAAGUUUUCUGCCUAUAUAACCUGUUUAUAAGUGGUAUGUUCCACCACCUUCAUACGCACUAAAUAAACAUUUAUAAACAUAA